AUGACACUCUUCGGCAGCGGGGAUGCGGGCUGGAGAUAUCUGGACAUGGCCAGGGAGUCCAAGUCGAGCCGGGCCAGGCUGGGCCAGAAGCGGCAGCACAGCAGCAGCCUCAGUAACUGUGACCUGGACUAUGAUCUCUACAGGGAUGACUUCCCGUACCGAGUAUACGAGUACCAGCAGAUCCCCUCGCUCAUUAACCGCAUCCCAGUCAAGACCAGACGGACUCACUUGGGAGCAAGAAGCAAGAGCAGCCUGAGCACCCAGCCUGGGACAAGCAGCAGCACCAGCUUCACAACAGGACGGACAAAGUUGCAAGCUGAAGAGCUGCACUCCAUCAAGGGGGAGCUGAGCCAGAUCAAGGCACAGGUGGACAGUCUGCUGGAGAGCCUGGACCGCAUGAGCCAGCGGAGAGAGAGUCUCACAGGGUCCAAGGAGAACGAGAAGAAGAGAGCAGAGCCGGGGACAGAGUCACCAUCUCCAGUGGGAGAGGGGUCACGGGAGUCACAGGGGAAGGAGGAGACGGAGGCUGACGGGGACAGCGACCUGCACAACAUCGACAGUGCAGAAGAGAACACAGACACAGAGGAGACAGUGAAAACCCACACGUCGAACCCCAAGGGGAGCCAGUAA